AUGUCGGAGCUCUGCCGCAUGACGAUCGGAGGCCAAAACGUCCCGGCCGUAGAACUGAAGGACCGCGUCGACCAAGCGGUUGCCGCCCUGGAGCAACUGUCCCUAGGGGGGGAUGGGCCCCGCCAGGCAGCACCCGCACAAGACCUCAGGGUGUUGACCCUGCUGGAGAAGGUAACCCUCUCCGGCCCCGGAGAGAGUGGGAACCUCGAAGAGGUAGCGACUGUCCUGUCGGCUGCCUUGUUCAAGUUGUCGCUUGGCGCCGACCCAGGCUGCAAGAGAGACGACGAGAAAGAAGAGAUGGAGGACAAGACACAGCACCGCACCCAGAUUUCUGGGCAAAUGUAUGGGUGGGACUCUGCGAAGCAUCUGCCCAGCAGGAGGCCGACUCUCGGGGGGCUCUGCCUCCCGUAAACGACGGCGGCAGUGACGGUGGUGGCAGUGACGGCCGUGACAGCGACUGCAAGUAGAGGGUUAUACAUUUCCCUGUUGCCGUCCCGUGCCUCUUGUUUCAGUCUGGAUUGCGUGCGUUUGCUCGGGCGGGUACAGGAGUGUGCUGCUUGCGUCCUGCUCUGUUUCAUUGGGCCCUAUGUUCCCGUGUUCUUGGGGGAGCUACUGCAGCAGUACAGCACAGUGCAUGCGUAAAGUACAAAGCAUGUCGGUAUAAGCGCCUCGGUUGUUUCAACAGCUCCACCGUCAAACAAAUGGGGAAGCAUUGUAAUAUAUGUCCGUUGCCAACUGUUGUCCAGGCGUUGCGACCGUGGCAAGCCCAGGUCUACAUGUGCAACAGAUCAACAACAGCGCUACAAUUUUGUUUUAGAUGCGAUUCUUACAAGUCGUGGUGUACCGAGCGAAGUAAUGUUUUUUAAGUGUAAAUUACAGAGUACUCAGGGUAGCAUCUAGACAACAAGUUCACACAAAGCGAGUGGGGGCCAUACAGAAACUCCAAAGUUGCUGUACGGUACGCAAAGCUUUUGGUGCGUAGCAUGUGGUCCUGUGUGCGUUCUGUCGUGGCGUGACUCCAAGUUUUAGUUGUGACGUAUUGGCUAUUCGUUGAAGGGUCCUCCCUUUUUGU